AUGUCUGCAUCUCCAGAGCACCAGGCUGGUUCGCGCGCCGCGUCCGCCGACCACGAAGAGCCUGAAAAGGCCGCGGCACCGAUUACCGCGGGUGAUGACGAAGGCGACCAGGAGAAUCAACCUGAAGCAAACGACGAAGAUAAUGAUAUCGAUCAAUCGGAUGAUGAGUCCCUACUCUCUGAGGUCGACGAGGCAGAGUUCGAGAACUUCGACCCCGAAAACGUUGACGUCGAGGACCGUCCACAGCUGGCGAUUGAUGAAGACAACCUGAAGCUCAUUGGCCGACACAAGCGCAAGCGCACAGAUGGAGAAGAAGGUCGCCCGCGCCGUAGGGAAGGCCGUCGCGAGAAGAAGAGCCGUCAUGCGCGUGACGACGACGAGGAGGAAGGAGGCGAAGCAGGACCGGCUCGUCGCCAGAAGAAAAAGAAGGAGGCCGAGCCUGAUACAGAUGAGGAGACUCUGGAUCCCGAGACCCGUCGUCGUCGCGCUCUGGAUCGUGCGAUGGAUGAAGCUUUGAAGAAGCCCACUAAGAGGCGAUCCCGCAAGCAGGAUGGCAUUGAUCUUGAAGCUAUGGCUGAUGCUGAAAUUGAAGAUAUGCGCAAGCGCAUGACCCAUGCAGCUCAGAUGGAUGCUAUUAAUCGCCAGGAGGGCAAGCCAGCCAUGCACAAGCUGAAGAUCCUCCCGGAGGUCCUUAUGCUCCUCAACCGCAAUCAAUACACUAACAGCUUGGUCGACCCUGAAAUCAACCUUCUUGAGGCCAUUCGAUUCUUCCUUGAGCCUCUGGACGACGGCUCGAUGCCCGCAUACAAUAUCCAGCGUGACCUUCUCACUGCGUUGACCAGACUUCCUAUCCAAAAGGAUGCACUUAUUGCCAGUGGAAUUGGCAAGGUUGUCGUGUUUUACACCAAGAGCAAGCGAACUGAAAACGCUAUCAAAAUGAUGGCCGAGAAGUUAUUGGCUGAGUGGACCCGUCCCAUUCUCCAGCGAAGUGAUGAUUACUCGAAGCGUGUGUUCCAGCAGGCUGAUUAUGAUCCCACUAAAAUGGCCAAGCGCACCACUACUGCUGAGAUUGUUGCUGCGGAAGCUCGCAAUCGUGACAAGCUUCCUCCUCGUCUUGCCAACCGUGCCCGUGUUGACCGUACCCAAGUCAGCUACAGUGUUGUUCCUCGCCAAACUGCUAUAUCGGAAAGUCGGUUUGCUCGACCUCUUGGUGCUGAUGGCGAGGAACGAUUCCGCAGGAUGCAGGCGCGACAGAGUGCGGCAGCCAAGGCGUCUCGCCGAUAG